GGACCUGGCGUACACAUGCGUGGACAUCACAUUUUUGGUCAUAUGACCACAGUCGUUAAUUCUGCUGAACUGUCGCCUCAUGGCCAAGUAUGUGGGCACUUACACUGCCAUCUGGUGGUGUCAGAAGAGUACAACACACUACGGUAAGAAUUAAAAAUGGCGGCAAACACAAGGGAUAAUUCAAGUGGCAGCUCCAAACACAAACCUCGACAAGAGCGUUUUUCUGUGCAAACAGCAUUGGAGCAAUUUUGGCUAAAUGAUGGAGACAACUCAGAUUUGGAAGACUUGUCUGACAACGAUGAUCCCAUCCUGGAUGCCAAUUACCAACCCCGAACACAGGAGCGAAGCAGCAGUGAGGAUGAGGAUGACAGUAGUGAUGAUGAGGACCCCAUUCCUCAGCCCACUGAGCACAGCAGAGGACGUAAACGUCUCCGUGGUGCAAAUAAUGGAGCCUGUCCAUGCAGACAAUAUCUGCCAAUGAAGCCAAACCCAGUUGGCAUCAAGAACUUCGUUUGUGCUACAGCAGAUGGCAUUGUGCUGGACUUUGAUCUGUAUCAAGGUACAGGUGCACUGCUUGAGCAGGUCGAAGAAGAGGUGGGCCUGGGGUUGGGAGGCUUAGUCUUGGCUCGUCUGUGUCAAACUCUGCAUCGUGGCACAAAAGUGUAUUGUGACCGGUUCUUCACAAGCAUCCGAGGUGUGGAACAAAUGAUGAAGAAGGAGAUGUACAUUACUGGUACAAUAAUGAAGAACAGACUCGCUGGCGCGAAGGAGAAGCUACCCUCUGACAAAACCAUGAAAAACACAGGAAGAGGUACCUCAUCAGAACUUUCCACUGAAGACGAAAAGUUGUGUGUAGUGAAGUGGUAUGACAACAAACCAGUAUUGAUGAUGUCUGUUGUUCAUGGCACAGAGCCUGAAGACACCUGCCAGCGCUGGGACAAGAAAUUGAAACAGUAUGUGACUGUCUCGCGACCAAGCAUUGUCCGUGAGUACAACCUCAAGAUGGGUGGAGUGGAUUUGAUCGAUAGAAUGAUUAGCUACUAUCGCAUGAGCGCCCGUACUAAGAAGUGGACGAUGCGGAUGCUAAUGCACUUCACAGAUCUGGCUUUAGGUAACAGCUGGCUACUCUACCGCAAAGACCUCGCAAUAUGUGCUGCACCAAAGAAGAGCAUCAUGCAGUUCCUUGAGUUCCGUACAGAAAUUGCUACGACCCUCUUGGCCCAGCAUCACGGUCAAGGAAGCCAUGCAGACCUCUCUGAACAGUCAGAGGAAGAAGACAACUCAAAUCAAGGGAACAAACGUCCUGUGACGGCAGUGCCCCAUGUCUCGGUCCGCAGGAGGGCGAAUGCCCAUCUCCCAGAGAUGAUCAGCCUGAAGAACGCGGCGCACUGCAGGGUAGCAGGCUGCACUGGAAGAACCCGAGUGCGUUGUGUGACCUGCAAAGUGUUCUUGUGCUUGCAAGGCGAUCGCAACUGUUACACAGCCUUUCACACAUAGACACACAUACACUGCAGCACAACACACACACACACACACACACACACACUGCUGCAAUGCAAAAUUUC